CGAAACGUCAACUACAUUCGCUGUUUCUCACUAGACCAAAGUCUCCUGUCGUCUUCGUCUUCUUCUUGGCUGACUAGUGACCGCCUUCGAUGGCGAACAAGGACCACCACCACCACGACGCCGCCGCCGCCGCCGCCGCCGACGCCGAGAAGCAGAACGGCGCCGACGGCCUCCCCGAGGAGCGGUGCCCCGUGGAGGAGGUGGCGCUGGUGGUGCCGGAGACCGACGACCCUACCCUCCCCGUCAUGACCUUCCGCGCCUGGUCCCUCGGCCUGGCCUCCUGCGUCGUCCUCAUCUUCCUCAACACCUUCUUCAGCUACCGCACGCAGCCCCUGAUCAUCUCCGCCAUCCUCAUGCAGAUCGCCGCCCUGCCCCUCGGCAGGUUCAUGGCCAGGGCCCUGCCGGCGAGGGAGUACCGGCUCCUGGGCUACAGGUUCAGCCUCAACCCCGGGCCGUUCAACAUCAAGGAGCACGUGAUCAUCACCAUUUUCGCCAACUGCGGGGUGAGCACCGGCGGCGGCGACGCCUACUCCAUUGGGGCGAUCACCGUCAUGAAGACUUACUACAAGCAGAACCUGAGCUUUCUCUGUGGCUUCCUCAUUGUUCUCACUACCCAGAUACUGGGUUAUGGCUGGGCUGGGAUGCUCAGGAAGUACCUGGUAGACCCUGUUGAGAUGUGGUGGCCUUCAAAUGUUGCUCAGGUUUCUCUGUUCAGAGCACUUCAUGAAAAGGAGCAUAGAACGAAAGGGUGUACUCGAAUGCGAUUCUUUUUAUUUGCAAUGGCUGCAAGCUUUGCCUAUUAUGCGCUCCCCGGAUACCUCUUCACGAUCUUGACGUUCUUCUCGUGGGUGUGCUGGGCUUGGCCGCACAGCAUAACCGCCCAGCAAGUCGGAUCGGCUUACCAUGGGCUCGGCGUCGGGGCCUUCACGUUCGAUUGGGCGGGUAUCUCGGCGUACCACGGCAGCCCGCUCGUGACACCCUGGUCCUCCAUAGUGAACGUGGGGGUCGGCUUCAUCAUGUUCAUAUACAUAAUCGUCCCCCUGUGUUACUGGAAGUACAACACCUUCGACGCUCACAAGUUCCCCAUCUUCUCCAAUCAGUUGUUCAGGUCCAAUGGGCACAAGUAUGACACCACCAAGAUAUUGACAUCGCAGUUCGAUCUCGAUGUUGCCGCGUACAAUGAUUACGGCAAGCUCUAUUUGAGCCCUCUGUUUGCUCUCUCAAUAGGAUCGGGAUUCGCAAGGUUCACGGCCACGCUCACUCAUGUGGCACUCUUUCACGGAAGAGACAUUCUAAGGCAGAGUCGAGCGGCGAUGACGAACGCAAAAUUGGACAUCCACGCGAAGCUCAUGAGAAGUUACAAACAGGUGCCUCAAUGGUGGUUCCUCAUUUUAUUGGUUGGGAGCACCGUUGUGUCUUUGAUGAUGUCCUUGAUUUGGAAAGAAGACGUGCAACUCCCGUGGUGGGGGAUGCUUUUUGCCAUCGGCUUGGCCUGGAUCGUCACUCUCCCGAUCGGGGUCAUUCAAGCGACUACCAAUCAGCAACCCGGAUACGACAUUAUAGCGCAGUUCAUCAUAGGAUAUGUUUUACCGGGAAAACCGAUUGCGAACUUGCUUUUCAAAAUGUACGGGAGGAUCAGCACGGUCCACGCUCUCUCAUUCUUGUCUGACCUCAAACUCGGGCAGUACAUGAAAAUUCCUCCGCGCUGUAUGUACGUAGCUCAGCUUGUGGGGACCGUCGUCGCCGCUCUAGUCAACCUCGCGGUGGCAUGGUGGAUGCUGGAGACCAUCGACGACAUCUGCGACGUCGAAGGGACCCACCCCGACAGCCCGUGGACCUGCCCGAAGUACCGAGUCACCUUCGACGCAUCCGUCAUAUGGGGGCUGAUAGGCCCGAGACGUCUUUUUGGCCCUGGAGGUUUAUACAGGAACCUGGUGUGGCUGUUCCUCAUCGGAGCCGUGUUGCCCGUGCCCAUCUGGGUGCUGAGCAAGAUCUUCCCCGAGAAGAAAUGGAUCGCGCUGAUAAACAUUCCUGUCAUAUCCUACGGUUUCGCCGGGAUGCCUCCCGCCACGCCCACCAACAUCGCGAGCUGGCUCAUCACGGGGAUGAUCUUCAACUACUUCAUAUUCAAGUACUACAAGCGGUGGUGGCAGAAGUACAACUACGUCCUGUCUGCGGCGCUAGAUGCCGGGACGGCGUUCAUGGCCGUGCUCUUGUUCUUCGCCCUGCAGAACGAGGGCAAGAACCUCAAGUGGUGGGGGUCGGAGCUCGACCAUUGUCCCCUGGCGUCGUGCCCGACCGAACCCGGCAUCAACGUCACCGGAUGCCCUGUUUUUGCAUGACCAUUUGGGUCCUUUUUCCAUUGUGGAAGAAAACAAAGUGUUAAAGCUAAGAUGAGUAGUGGCCUUUACAUAUUUUAAAUAGGAGAAAGGGAAGGUACUAGUUGAGGGGAAAGUUGAUGACAAUCUAGCGUAGCUUUGCAUUGUUCUACAUGCUUCAAAUUCAAAGCUUGUUUACAUUACAUCAGAAGGAUAAAGAGAUGGCCUUUUACUCUC